GCCUCCCGGAAUUUGUGACAGCACUUUAUCUACAUUUUGUACUCAUAUACUACAAAAGAGGGAGGGAGGUAGGUACCUUUGAAAAGAGAAGCCAACGAGUUAACUUAUUGGCUUCUCCUUCUGAAUUCUGAUGCACAUGGCGAGGCUAGAGUUACUUAACUUGUACCUGUGGGAAAUAACAUACUAGUAUAUAUCUAGUGAAAUAAAUAAGCUGAUUGGAACAACAACAUAUUAAAAUAGUCAAAAGGAUAGCUGGUGUCAACUCCAUAUUUGAUAUAGGAACAGGGAAUUUAGAGAGAAGAAUUAUACAGCAAUAAUGGCUACAGCUUCUUCUGUUUCAUCUCCUUCAAUGGAACGGAUCAUGUCACUUCCUCAUUCCUCCAUGAGCUUGCGUCAUUCCAAUCUCCCUUCUCUGCUUCAUCCUUGGUCGUUUUCAUCGUCUUUUAGGCCGCCAUCAGGCUUUCGACGUCACAUAGAUUCCAAGAGAUUUCCUAUCUUCAAGAUCAGGGCUUCUGAAGAAGAAGAAGAAGAAAAAAAUUCUGAAUCUUUUACUCGCAUCAGAAAAGUAUUUUCCAGCGUAAAAGACAAGUGGGAUGGACUCGAAAAGAAACCAACAAUCUUCCUUUAUGGAGGUUCUGCAAUCCUUGGUCUUUGGUUGUCUUCAAUCGUCAUCGAUGCAUUAGACUCCAUUCCAUUGUUACCCAAGUUUUUGGAGUUGGUCGGCCUUGGAUACUUUGGAUGGUUUGUCUACACAUAUCUUCUCUUUAAGUCUGGAAGGGAUGAACUGGGAAGUGAUUUUCAAACUCUUAAGAAAAAGAUUACUGGGGAGGAAUAGCACGUCAGUUUCCGCACUGCUGGUCAGAGAACAUCUGAACAAAUAAGCUUCAGCUACGAAGCUUUCCUCUCUAUUCUACAAUUAGUCAUGUAUACUCUUGUACAUCACAAACUUGUCAACUACCCCAUGCAAAACACCUCUUC